UCCUGUCAGACACAAAGUCUGUCAGCAAACGGUUCAUUUUUCCAAUUCCAAACUUGUGAUAGGCUUUUAUUUUCAGGAAAAUGACUUGUUCAAAUCUUUCGUUAAGGAAAGAAACACUGUGUGUGGAUCGAUUCUCGCAGUAAAACAUCAUCAUCGGAAGUCGAUCCGCCCAUUCCAACAGAAGAACACAGCAGCACUUCACAUCAGUGAAUAGAAGACAAUCAGUACAUUUAUUUACGGGGAUCAAACAGGGUUUGCGCUCAUAAAGCCUCUAUAUUGCUGGUUGUAGUGACUAGAAAUGAAGGUAAAGCUUGAGGCGGACGCUGAUUCGCCUUCACAGAGUUUCUCAAACAGUGGUGAGGGCAGUGAAGCAAACAACCUCUCCGACAGUGAUUUUGUCGUUGUCAAGCUUGAAGAUGAAGAUGAAGAUCAAGCAUCUGAAACCGAAAUGGAUCUGAGUAUUUUCGCUCCUGUCGAGUCCGAGUGUGAGGAAGAUGAACUUUCAGACUCGGAUUCAUCCGGUGUUUCCACAUGGAGAAGAAAACACCACGAAGAGCAGCAAGAUAACCAGGAGGAUUCUGCGACCCCUGAGAAUCAGUCUUCCAGCAGGAGUCUUAAAGGAUGCCAAGAAACGAGCAAGAACUUGGUGGCUAAGCAAAGACGAAAGCAGAAUCCAGUAUGCAGUGCAGAAAACAGGGGCGUGAAUUUAGGACUCCCACCUGAGGAUCUCGCAUGUUACCAAGCUGUGCCUCUAUCAGAUUCAGCCCGAGCUCCUGCAGAGAUGUCUGGACUGGAUACUGCAAUCAGCCCUCUCGCUGCCAUGGAACCGCCUGUAUUUCCAAACACACCAGUUCUGAGCAAAUCUGUUGUUGGCGAGGAUCAGCAGAACAUAUUGCUUGAAGUCCUGAAUCAUUGUAGAUACCUGCAUGAAGCAGUGCAGAGGCUUGAACAGAAGGUUGACAGACAAAUGGCAAAUGAGCCACCCUAUCAAAGGAGCUCAGCAAAGCAGAAAAAUGGCCCAAAGAGACAGGCGUCUCUACCUGUUGAAGAAGAGCAGCUGUCCUGGUCUUUGACCCAGCGUCUUGGUCCACCAGUCCAGAGAAACCCACAGUGGAUCCCUCCCUGGAAACUGAGCAGUGCUGAGAGAGGCCCGGGCAGAGCAGAUCUUCAACAGCUUGACAACUACAGCCAACAGUUGGCCAAACCCCCUGGUGGUGGGCGAGGGAGAGGCAGGGGUAGAGGACGUGGUUGUCGGGGGCACAACAGCAGAUCCAAACCUCAAUCUCAGACUCCUCAUCUUGCUCAGCUCACGUCAAAUCCUAUCGAAGAUGGAAUCUCUACAGGAGAAAUGGAGGAUCCACAACCAUCCAAAGUAAUGAAGAAAGACUCUCGGCAUAACACGGGGUCAAAGGGUCAGCAGAAAAAGAGGAAAAACUUGGCUCAGGUGGACGGGGCUGAAGUUGAAACAAAGAUGGUGUCCAACAAAAAAAAAGUCACACCUCAAGUUGACCUGGACACUAAAGUAAUGAUCGGAAGCUCCUUGCGGAAAGUGUGGAUCCCGAUGUCUGUGUACAAGGAGGUGUUUAAGGAGAUUGAGCCCCAGAAGGCCGUAGUGCCUGUGCUACAUGCUCUCUUUCCUAUCAGCACUCUGUCCUGCAGUGCUGUCACAGGCAACCCCAUAAAAGGCAUCCAGCAACUCGACCCGAACAUAAUAGAGGCCCUUCGAGAGUUUCUUGCUGAGAUGUACCCACAGUAUGAUGUCAGCGUGAGAGGUGUGACCUGGGCACAGUGUCUUGGAGUGAUCAAUAACAUCACCAAAAACCUCAAGAAAAAGGCUGGAACAUCACAUCUGACAGAGGUUGGUGGAAGACCAGCACUUGCAUCAUUUCCACAGUGUUUUUAAAUCCUGACUGAAAUAUCCUGACGUAAAUUAAUACUCCACUUGCAACACUACUAUUCUAAACAUGUUUUAUCCAUUUCAGCUGUACACAAUCUUUUUGUUCUCUU